AUAUCAUCCUCCUCUCGACAGCGAAACAGUUUUACAAAAAGUGACAUUUUUUUUCCUGCAGCCAUGGCCUUCCGGUCCGUCAUCGUACUUAACAUCAUCGUACUCGCAGUGGGGCUCGCAUCUGCAAAAAAACCUACAUACGCCCAAACCGUUUGCAUCAUGCAACCCGAUCAUGGCGAGGCCUGCCCAGGCAAGGCGUCCGAAGAAGCGAAGGCAUUCUACUUUGACCCCUUGAGCGAAAAAUGUGCCCCCAUGAUAUAUAAAGGGUGUGGCGGUAAUAAGAAUACCUUUGCCAACACGGACAACUGCAUCAACUCGUGUCAGACGCCGUACCUCGUGGAAAAGGAGAAGGACCAGGAGUUGGCGAAGAGCAAGAAGGACUGCGCCCUUCCCGUGGGGCCCGGUCUAUGCAAGGCCAUCAUCCCCAUGUAUUACUACGACCAGGAAAAGGGCUGUUCGAAGUUCACUUACGGCGGGUGUGGAGGGAAUCGGAAUCAGUUUAAUACAAAAGAAGAGUGUGAUGCUUUAUGCAAAUGA